AUGGCGCAGCCAAAGGGGCCCAGCCACGAGAUGCAGGCUUUCAUCGAGCGGGAGCAGCAGUUAGCGCAGAUGCAGCAAAUGAUAGCAACGCUCACAGACGUGUGCUGGGACAAGUGCGUGUCGUCCCCGGGCACCUACCUCUCUGGCCGCGAGACCAGCUGCAUAGAGAACUGCGCCAAGCGGUUCAUCGACACGACGCAGUACAUACUGCAGCGCGCAGCGCACAAGGCGCAGGACCCCAGCAGCGGCUUCUGA